CCAUUUUUAAACUUUUCAUCUCAUUCAUCAACACAUCAACAAAACGAUCUACAAAUUAAGAUGAAGCAGGGCUUCAAGAAACUCAAUCUUCUUCUUCUCUCUAUGAACAUGAUGAUUUUAGCAUGUGCAUCCCAAGAAAUCCCUAACAAGAGCUAUUGUGGGAGCAUCAAGAUUCAACAGCCUUUCAUCAGUCAAAAUUCUUCAUCACUUGUAAGCCAACUCAUCCUCUGCAAAUCCAAGAAGCUAUAUUUCAGGACAUCAAUCGGCCUAUUCCAAAUCCAGUCAAUCAACUACACAAACAAACUCAUCAUCAUCUCCCACGCUUCUUCCUCUCCCACAUCCCACUUUGUGUCUCCUAGCCGCCUCUCCGCAGGAUUCCCUCCAGCUCCCCUGGCCUCCAACUCUCUGAUCCUCUUGAACUGCUCGAAUCGCAGUUCAGACAUAACCCUCACGCCAUGUGACAACGCGACAUUAGCAAUGUAUCAGAAACAAGAAGCACAAGAGGUGUCAUCAUGUUCAGUGAUUGAUGAUGCAGAUCAAAAACUCGAUCCUAAGCAGAUGGGGUGCACGCGUUAUAGCCGCGUCUAUGCAGCAGCCGUUGGUGGUGGAGAGUUUAAAUUGGGAACGACCAUCUCCUUCGACAUACCUGAUCAUGUGCCUGAUCCAUGCAACGAGUGUGAGAAGCCUUAUGGAAACUGUGGCGUCGGAUUGAGAUGCGCUUGCCACCCCAAGAAAUGCAGGGAUAAUGUGAUUUCAGCAGCGGCUCUGAGGCCAUAUGGUGUUUAUCUUGUUUUCUUCAUCGUUUUCUUACAUGGAUUUUAAGGUUGUGGGAGUUUUGGACUGACUUUUGCUAUACAGUAUGUAAUUGAAUAGUGCAGACUUAAUUUAACUGAAAGUGCAACUUCUUCUGCUUGUUUUUUGUUA